AUGAGGGUCUAUGAGCACGAUGCUUCGUCACCUUUGCUACAACGAGCUCUGAAGACGUCAUUGCCGUACAGCAUUACUCUCGUGUAUCGCACAAAACACCCAAAUCGGACAAAAGACGCACACAGUAUUGCAACAUUCCCUCCGAUCAUGGAAACGGUCCCGAAAUGCUGGGCAGCAGCAUAUCUCGACCGCUCCAUGCGUCCAGAAACCGAGCUAUGGAUCUUUGCUGCAGGAGAAGACCCAAAUCACUCAUCGAAUCAGGAUUUCUGUUCAGAAUGUAGAAUCGCAGUAUUGUCCUUGUUUGAUUACAUGUCUUCACUCCUAGUCCCUCCAAUGCAUCCGGACAGCGAAUUUGCUCUCGAGCUCGCAAAAAAGCACGAAAUCGAGCAUCCACACCCUCGAGAGGACGGCAGUUAUGCCCUCUCCCCAGGAACCUACAUGCGUCACUUACUCUACCCCAAAGUCGUUACGCUGGGAGCCUGCCAUCGUCAUGUCAUGCGAAUUUGCCACGAUGCUGGCUUGGUCCGCAGCGAAUUUCCCGGACCUGGCGCGGAAUUGAACAAGUUCCUUUUCAAGCUCUCGGCCCUGCCUGAAACACGAGAAUUACCAAAAGGUCUGCGGUGGGGUAAAGUGAGGGAACAGGACAUUGAAAUAGUCAAGGCGAGAACCUCUAUUCCGCGAUCAGCCCGCACACUGCUGUCAUUGGACAGUUUGGGCGUGUUCGAAGAAGAGAGCGGUGCAAUCAUAGCUUGGACGUUCAUUGGACUUGAUGGCUCACUGACUACGCUCCACACGGAGGAAAAUUACAGAGGAAAAGGCAUAGCGAAAGCUGUGGCUGCCAGUAUCAUUAGACAAUAUGCGCCAGAGCUAGCGGUCGAUCAGCGGGGAGACGCCUGGUCACAUGCAGAUGUGUAUACGGAUAAUCUGCAGAGCGAGAUUGUGUGCAGAAGCUUGGGCGGCGUAAUCAUGUGGAAGUGCUUUUGGCUGCGAGUUGACCUUGCGAACGCGGGAGGCUUGACACAUUUACCGUGA